AUGUCUGAGUUUGGUGUCCCAGACUCGCUCAGCCCAGCGCCCUCCGUUAUCAUCCCGACCACACCAGACCCGAACGGCGACGCGCCAGUCUUUCCUCUGCUACAAAACAAUGGAGCUGCGAGCCCGCUGUCGUCAGAUGCUGCGGGAGGCGCGAACCGCGCCGGCGAAGACGACAAUGACGACGAGCCCGCCGUAGCCAAGCCCUUUGUCCGCACCACCAGCCCAGAUCCCUCCGCCCGCACCGUCGAAGAUACCUUUGACGACGAUCGCGUGCCCGAUCGCCUCAUCUACAAGAUGCACAAGUUCAGCCUCUACGAAACGGCUAGUCGGUAUUACAUUGUCGGUGUGGAUGUAAGCGAGAAGCGGUACCGCAUUCUCAAGAUCGACCGGACCACCGAGGGCGCCGAGCUGAACAUGACGGAUGACAAAAUUGUGUACAGCCUCAAAGAGAUGAACCGGUUGUUGGACACUAUCGACGACGGCAACCGCGGGACCGGUGGCAUCAAGCUACGCUGCACCACCUGGGGCCUGCUUGGCUUCAUCAAGUUCACCGGGCCCUACUACAUGCUCCUCAUCACCAAGAAGAGCACCGUUGCCAUGGUUGGGGGGCACUAUAUUUAUCAAAUCGAGGGCACUGAGUUGGUUCCCUUGACCCCGGGAAAGUUCAAGCCUGACUCACGCAACACCGAGGAACAGCGCUUCCUCGGUAUCCUCAAUAACCUCGAUCUGACUAGGUCUUUUUACUACAGCUACUCGUACGACGUCACCCGUACCCUGCAGCAUAACGUCAUCCGCGAGCGAGAAGCCCUCGCUCAGGGCAUUCUGCCGCCCUCAGAUGACGACUUCAACUCAAUGUUUGUGUGGAACAAUUACCUCCUAGAGCCGGCCGUAACGGCCCUCCGAGACCCCUACGAUUGGUGUCGCCCUAUUAUCCAUGGAUAUAUUGACCAGGCCGCUCUAUCUAUAUAUGGACGUACCGCUCACAUCACGGUUAUUGCGAGACGCUCUCGGUUCUUUGCCGGUGCCCGGUUUUUGAAGCGAGGAGCUAAUGACCUGGGCUAUGUUGCCAAUGAUGUAGAAACGGAGCAAAUCGUCGCUGAGUCCCUGACUACCUCGUUCCAUGCUCCUGGUCCUCAACUUUUCUGUAGCCCCCAGUAUACCUCCUAUGUCCAACACCGAGGCAGCAUUCCGCUUUACUGGACUCAAGAUAACACUGGCGUUACCCCAAAGCCUCCGAUCGAGCUCAACUUGGUCGAUCCAUUCUACGGGGUUGCAGCGCUGCAUUUUGAUAACCUGUUUGAGCGCUAUGGCGCUCCACUCUACGUGGUCAACCUAAUCAAGGCCAAAGAACGACAGCCCAGAGAGUCAAAGCUCUUAGGGGAGUAUACGCAUGCCAUCAACUACCUGAAUCAGUUUCUCCCCGCAGACAAGAAAAUCAUCCACAAGGCAUGGGACAUGAGUCGAGCUUCCAAGGUCCGCGGUGGCGACGUCAUCGGCAACCUUGAGCUGAUCGCCGAGUCAGUCCUCAACACGACCGGCUUCUUCCAGAACGGCGAUGGCAUCACGAGCUCCAUGACGGCACAGAACGGGGUGGCCCGCACAAAUUGCAUCGACUGUCUGGAUCGCACCAACGCGGCUCAGUUCGCCAUCGGGAAGCGGGCGUUGGGCCACCAGCUGCACGCCCUCGGUAUCCUCGAAAAUACAUCGGUUGAGUAUGACACAGAUGCCGUCAAUCUCUUUACUCACAUGUGGCACGACCAUGGUGACACUAUUGCGGUCCAGUACGGCGGCUCCCAGCUCGUCAACACUAUGGAGACGUAUCGCAAGAUCAACCAGUGGACCAGUCACUCCCGUGACAUGAUUGAGAGCUUCAAGCGCUACUAUAAUAACUCCUUCCUGGACAGCCAGCGACAGGAAGCCUAUAACCUGUUCCUGGGCAACUACAUAUUCACUCAGGGGCAGCCCAUGCUUUGGGAUCUGGCCACGGACUACUAUCUGCACCACUCUAACCCCAGGAACUGGUCCGCCAAGACGAGGCGCAACUACAUCAAUUGGUACACACCGUCACACUUGAAUGAGAGAAAGGUUCCCCCGUACGUCCCUGGCCGGGACAUUGCGCGCUUUCACCCCAUUGAAUUCUUUGACGACUACUGGCUUGAGUACUACCGGCCUGCUACGCUAUCGUCCUUCCCCAAAAUGUUUGCGUACAAGAUGAACUCCACAAUCAAGUACAUCCCCCUCAAGUCAACUCAAGACGGCCGGUAUGACCUCAGUCCGUUUCGUGUUCGCACAGAAGGUGACGUGGUUCCUAGUGACAGGAAGAGACCAAAGAAGGAGACGAUCAACGGCGUGGCGUCGGGUUCGUCUCGGUCAGCCUUGGUAGCAGACGAUGCCCCCUCAAUGGCUUCCAACACAACUCCGACGAAAGGCAUGUCGCUGCGCUGGCUACAGCCAGUUCAGACAAAGAGAAUGGCCGGCGACGAUGCGUCCAGGUUGGAGUCGGCGCAAGCAUUGCAAGGCGGCGAGGGCGCCCCCAAGACAAAGCCUACUGCCCUAGAAAAGUCCAAUGCCGCACAGUGGACCUUUACCAAGGCGGUUCAUGACUCUCUGAACCCCUCUGUCAAGGAUCAGGAGGCAGACGAUUAUGAACGGUACAUCAAACAUCCUCAGAAUCUUCCACUGGUGGUCUCUAGCGACACCCCCGUAGACAUCGAUUCUUCGGAGUAUCAAGAAUACAUCAACGGCGGCUGGCAGGACGAAGGUCUCAUCGUCAAGGGCACUGAAGAGGAAAUCGACGUAUAUGCGGAGUUGCUCAAGGUGGGAGAGAAUCCGCUGACAGUAACUGAAGAGGACGGGCCGAAGAAAAGAUACAAGGCCUAUAGGAAAUGGCUGCGCGGAAAGUCGUUCUUCAAGCAGCAACCUCUCGAUUGA